AUGGCUAACACGGAUAACACCGAGCUGAUUCUUGCCAUUGUGGCAUUGAUCAUUUCUAUUCUAGCCUUUGUUAUAGCCAUCCUUCAAGCUCUCCAACAAUAUUUCGCUUCGGCUACCGGAUACUCUUCUUGCAGUGAAGCUGUCAUAGGGAAAUGGUCGCAGUUCUCUCACCGGCGGCUACUCUGGAAAGAGUUCCGCAUUGAAGUUCAAUUCGAGACGCCCGUAUUAUUCGUCGCAAAGCCGGAAAACACGAGAGGGCCGCUGGGAAAUGACGAAGACUUUCGAGAGGAAGACAGGAAGAUCAUUCGCCUUGACGGCAGCCACACAAACCUCAGGUAUACCUCGAGCACCGAAGAAUUCAACGAGCAGCAGAAGAAAAACAAGCAGCAGGCAGUGCACACUGCAGACAAUGAGAACGCGUCGUGGUGUCAGCUCUUGAUGACGGUCUAUCAGAUGGAGAAAGACUCGCGCACUUGGCAGAAGGAAUCGCUGGGCUAUCAUCCUCCCUUCGAUCCAUCACCUCCGCAUUCUUUGGUUGUUUGCAUGCAGAGGAAGAAACGCGUCUGGGAUAGCAUGCCUCAGGGCUUGACCAAGCCCUAUGCCACAACGACUAUCUCGCAUCUGGUCGAGAUUGCUGCCAUGCUUGGGAUUCAUUGGAAGAAUUUCGAUCUUAACAACGAUCGCUAUCGAGCUCAAGGCAACGGCUUUGUCCUUUAUGGCUCGUACUUCGACAAUCUGGGCAUAGCCUUCACCUUUCAAAAACAAGGGCCGACGGUAUUCCGCCAAGACCGUGUGAUCCCAACUCAUGACAUUAAGAAGUUGUGCUUCGGACUGGUACCGACGAUUCUCUAUCGGGAAAAACUUGUCGACGUCGACGACCACAAGGACUAUGUGACUUUGCAGUUGGGUGGCUACGCGGAAAUUGCAGAUACGCUGGCAGAGCUCGGUUGCGAUAACAACACGAUCAACCACUUUCGGAAAACACCCGAGAGUUCUCGACAUAGCCAUCUUUUCCCAGGUACGUCUAACCAGAUGGUGUCAUUCAUACUGCAGAACAUUAAUCGGACACCAGUUGCUUUCGAAAUACUGGGAAUGGUUGGUGAGAUAUUUCACAUCAAAGAUACAGCUUUUCGAAUGCUCCCAAAUCCCACCCCAUAUUAUUGGGAGCCUAAUACCUUCUCUCUUUCUACUCUUACCAGCAAUAUCGCCGCUCUAUUGAAAGCGGCUGAAGUGGCAGACGCUCUUACAAACGAGGGCGAUCAGGUUUCGCAACUGCUGGACUGGUACGAUCAGAGGACGGAGAAGGCCGGAAAGCCACCUAAUGGAUCCAUCAAUACCGAGAUCAGCGUUACGACUCCCGCCGACAGAAUCGCGCACUUGCGUGCGGGUGUCGAGCUCUGUGAUCGCUACUUAGAUCAGGUUGAUAUUGGAAUGGUCUUUCAAGUCGUUCGCGUGCAUAUCCAAGAAGUUAUGGGCAUGCUGAACGAGAAAGCAGGCUCGGAUGAGCCUGCGGGCCCUGGACUCGAUAAUCGGGGUCAGAGUUCGACCAUUACCAUAAGUGAUAUCGAUUCGGCAUCUGUUGACGAGAAACAUCAUCUUCUGGCACAGAUAUACUGCACAUCAAUACGGAAUAACGUGAUACAGACCGUUUUCAAGCAGCGAUCACAAUACAGCGAGAAAACAACGGCGGAAAUGGCAGGCUCAGAAAUCAGCGUGAAGCGAGACAUUAACCAGAUAUGGUGCACUCUCAUCUUUCGAAUGCUCUAUUGGCUGCAGCUGCACAACUUCCAUAAGAAGGAUGUUCAGAUUGGCAAGGGUGAUGCGUACGACAGCCGAAUACCUGUGUAUAUUCUUUGAAACCGUCGUUUU